AUGAAGAAGAAACGAAGACGUCCAGCAUCAGCUCAUGACAGAGAACUUCCUCUAGAGAAGAAAGCGCAAGAGCAUGAAGAUAUCACUCUACAUUUGCCUAUCCACGAUGUACAGUUUCAAAUUAUGGAAGCUCUUCACAAGCACGAAACUGUUGUUCUGAUUGGCGAAACGGGUUGCGGAAAAAGUACGCAAGUGCCGCAGUUUUGUGCUCGAAUUGGACUGGCCAAAAAAGGGCGAAUUGGUAUAACUCAACCGCGACGGUUAGCCGCUGUAUCACUGGCCAACAGAGUGGCAAAGGAAGUCAACUCGCCAUUGGGACAAAAGGUCGGGUAUCAUGUUAGGUUUGAAAAGGAGCUGUCUGAGGAUACAGAGAUCGUCUUCCUCACUGAUGGUAUUCUGCUGAGGGAAGCUAUUCAUGAUCCUCUUCUGAAUGACUAUACUACCAUACUCGUCGAUGAAGCUCACGAACGGAGUCUCCAUACUGAUAUUUUAUUGAAUGUGUUACGAUUGUGCCAGCGGCAACGCAAAGAGACGGGCAUGCUUCCACUUCGCAUAGUCAUAAUGUCUGCUACACUCGAAGCUAAACUAUUUUCAAAAUAUUUUGAUGACGCUCCUGUCUUUCACGCCGAACUCAAUCCUGAUAAUUCCGAUUACGUCUAUAAUUCUCUUGUCUGUAUCAAAGACUUACAUCAGGAGGAACCUCUGAGUGAUCAUUUCCUUGUUUUCUUGACGGGUCGUGAAGAGAUCGAGUGUGCAGUGAAAAAGUUGAAGGAAUUGAACGAGCAUUUCACUUCUCCGAUUUAUCCUGUUCCAUUGUUCGCAGCGAUGAGUAGUGUUGCUCAAAUGAAAGCAUUCGAGCCACCACCGGAGGGUCAUCGAAAAGUCGUGCUGGCUACAAACAUCGCUGAAACUUCGCUCACUAUUCCAGGAAUACGUGUAGUAAUCGAUUCCGGAAAAGUCAAAACGAGAACCUUCACUGCAGCCGAUCGCAUCGAUGUUUUACGAGUACAUGACAUAAGCAAAGCGCAGGCGAUUCAGAGAGCUGGACGGGCCGGACGUGAGGCUCCUGGAAAGUGUUACCGUUUGUAUCCAUUCAACCAUUUUGAGAAGCUUAAAGCCACAAGUAUUCCUGAAAUUCUACGAAGCAAUUUGGCAGCGGUUUUAUUGGAAAUGUUAGCGCUAGGACUCCGGCGACCUCGAAAAUUGAAACUCAUUCAACAGCCGGACGAAGAAAGCAUGAUAGCGGCUGAACGAGAAUUGCUGGCUCUCGGAGCGGCUACCAUCGAUGGAAAAUACAUGACACUGACGCCAGUU